AUGGCUGACGACCAGCAGUACCAGGAUGAGAAUCGCUCCGCCGCCAAGACUUUGUGGUUGGGCGAUGUCCAGCCGGACUGGACCGAGGAGUACGUCGAGAGUUUGUUUAGCAGUAUAGUAGGACAAGAGCUGGAGGUCAAGCUCAUUCGCGACAGGCACAGAGGGAUCGUGGCCGGCUACGGAUUCAUCGACUUCCGAAACCAUGAGACGGCUCAGCUUGUGCUGGAUUCGUUGAACGGAAAGCCCAUUGAGGGAACCUCCCUGCGCUACCGCCUGAACUGGGGCGCGGGCGGCAAGCGCAUAGAGCAGGCUCCCGAGUACUCCGUGUUCGUCGGGGACCUGUCCCCCGAGGUGACAGACGCCGAGCUCAAGGCCACCUUCCUCGGCAAGUACACGUCCGUCCUCGGCGCCAAGGUGGUAACCAACCCCAUGACCGGAUCAUCCAAGAGCUUCGGCUUCAUCCGCUUCGGGGACGAGCAGGAGCGGGAUGAGGCGCUCACGGCCAUGAACGGCGCCGAGUGCUGCGGCCGCCCGAUCCGCGUGGCGCCCGCGACCAAGCGCACCAGCGUUCAAGGGCAAACCGGGGCGCACGCCACGGACCCCAGCAACACCACCGUCUUCGUCGGCGGCAUCAACGACUCGGUCACCGAGAAGGUGCUCCGCGACACGUUCAACUCCGCCGGCGAGAUCCAGACGGUCACCACGCCCCCCGGCCGCGGCUGCGCCUUCGUGACCUUCGCGCACCGCGCCAGCGCCGAGCACGUCAUCAACAACAUGCAGGGCACCACCGUCUGCGGCAGCUGCGUGCGCCUCUCUUGGGGCAAGUCCGGCCGUGCGGACCGCGACCGAGAGCGCGAGCGAGCCGGCGGCGACCCCAUCAUGGGCAUGGGCGGCAUCCAGUCCUCGCCCACCGCCGCCGCCGCUGCCGCCGCCGCGGCCGCCGCCCGCGGGGCCCCGUUCUCCGGCCUGUACGGUCACCCCCAGUCGUAUGCGUCCUUCAACGGAGCGUACCCGGACCCCAGUGCGCUCGCCAAUGACCUCUCCCAGCUCAGUCUCUCGGGAGGUGCCGCCAGCGCCGUCGGUAGUACCAGCGGCGGCACCAGUGUUGGCGGCGGGGGCCGCGCCGCCCGCGUCGGUGGAUCAAGGAACGGCGGCGGCGGAGGCGGCGGCGGUGGUAUGUACGGACCAGCGAGUCGUUCGGGAGGGCAGGGGCAAGGGCCCGGGCCAGGCCAAGGAGGACAGGGGCCGUCGUUUUCUCUGCAGGACGUGAGGAAAGGAGGCCUCGGGCCUGCCAGCCGCACCUGAAUGCAACAGCUCAGGCGGCGGUAGAAAGAAUGAAAAGAAAACAAGACCCCCGACGAAAAGAAAGGUCCGAGACGAAGGGCGCGGGGUCGAGAGGAUGAUUUCGAUUUGAUUGUGGUGAACUCCAGGUAGGACCGCGUCACGAGAGAGAGAGAGACAAGAGGGCGGAUGAUUUUGGUGCUUCUUGACUCCUCCUCUAUCUCCCUCUCCCCCCCCCACCCCCCAUUCCGUCCGAGAUAGACAAGUCAGUGCGCUUUGGCACGAUACCCUCGUUCGUGAGCUGGGUUAAGGAUGAGAGGGCUUGUGUUUUGUGCAGUGGUGUGUGGAGAAAGGGAAUGGCCGGCAGAGGCCGCAAACCGGAUAGUGUUGGUUCCGUUCUCGUUGUUCCGUGAGCUGCUGGGUGAUGUGCUUUUUUCCUUCGAUUGCAGGUGAGGGCCAAAGACAAGCCUUCUCUUUUCUUAUGCUUUGUGCGGUGGUUACGUGUGAGUGUGCGUCGUGAGGGAGCCGGGGGCGGGGAAGGGGAGGGGGGGGGGGAGGGCGAAGAAGAGAAGUUUCAUGCAUUUUACUACAUCACCCCUAACCGUGUACCUGUGUUGGCAUUGCGCGUCUGUGCGGUUUGUGAGUGAUGUUUCCAUGAUUUGGGCAACGGCAUCUCCACCCAAAUCCGCAACAGUGUGAGGUGUCAUGCAAAGAGCGUAGCGUGGGGGUCAAGUUGAGAUGGGGCGGCGGAGAGGGAAGAAAAACUAAUACGGGACAAGUCCAAAGCGCUUUCAAGCGUUGUGAUGUAGGGUGGUGUAUCGUGUGUGUGUUGCUUAGAUGGUUACCUGAACGGGGGCGAGGAAUGUACGCCGCUGCGCGACGGUCUCAAAGCCGGCAGCCGGCACGUGCGCACGCUACUCGUUGCCCGGGUGGGCCUAUUGCCCUCUCCACGGCAAGCAGCGUUGCACCAAGAAUUGUGCGAUUGCUUGCUUGGGCCGGGGGUCUGCAUGUAUGUUGGUGGCGUUGGUACGUUCCCGCGAUAUCGCUUGGAACACCAUAAAAGUCUCAUGCGAGAGACAGGUUGCGGGGGGAGGGGGGGGGUAAUCUGGAGUGCGUGUGGUAUGGCGUACCUGUGUGUGUGUGGCGGUUCACCUGCUAAGAUAUACGCGGGAAUUAAUGAUGAUUCGGGGGGGGGAUAAAAGGGUUGGGAGCGAACGAUAGUAGUAGCCGCACUUUUGCGCUUGCUGUGGUUGGCUACAUGAAAAGGCCCGAGUUGUUUUCCUUUUUUGUUCUGAUCUGUACUUCGCGCACGCGUCGUUGGUGCGAGUGCAGCUCAGUUGCCAAUAUGUACUGCAAAGAGGUUGUGGUAGCUGGGGCCUUGUUGGAAGCAUGACUUGUGUACCGGCGUUCUACCGAUGUCCUAGACACACAACAUAACAAGUUAUCAUAACUGCGAUCUGUGAGUUUUGGUGGGUUCUAGUCUCAUGAUGGUAAUACAACGAAAAGCACGGAACCACAAGAAAACGCAGUCAGUGGGCGGCUUUGCGCGGAACUUAAGGUCCCUCUCUCUUGCCCACCCCUACACGUCAAGCUAGAAUACGCAAACUGAAAUAUUGCUUUUCUUGACGUCGUGUGGGCUGAAUCGUGUCCCAUGGUUUCCUCGCAAUUAGUGAUUGGAGAGCUUGCUACCUAGGACCUUGGGGGC